GUGAGACGUUAUCUCUCUCUGCCGCUUUGCCACGGGGGCCCCCCUUCACUCUUUGUAGCUCCGGCGGAUAAGCCACGUGGGCGCUGCCAGGAACGCAUUUGGCCACUUCUUCACAACUGUUGAUAACCAUGAGUGUGGGCUUCAUUGGCGCCGGGCAGCUUGCCUUUUCCCUGGCCAGGGGUUUCACUGCAGCAGGGAUCUUGGCUGCUCACAAGAUAACAGCAAGUUCACCAGACACUGACCUCCCAACAGUAGCAGGCCUGAGGAAAAUGGGUGUGAAUUUCACAAUGAGCAACAAAGAGACGGUUAAAAACAGUGAUGUCCUGUUCCUGGCGGUGAAACCUCCCAUAAUUCCCUUCAUCCUGGAUGAAAUUGGUGAAGAUAUAGAGAACCGGCAUAUUGUGGUCUCAUGUGCUGCUGGCGUCACUAUCAGCUCCAUUGAGAAGAAACUCUCUGCCUUCUGCCCCACCCCGAAAGUGAUCAGGUGCAUGACGAACACCCCAGUGAUUGUGCGGGAAGGGGCCACUGUCUAUGCCACGGGGACCCAUGCAGAGGUGGAGGAUGGAAAGCUCUUGGAGCAGCUGAUGGCCAGCGUGGGCUUCUGCACAGAGGUGGAAGAAGACCUGAUCGAUGCUGUCACUGGGCUCAGUGGCAGUGGCCCUGCUUAUGCCUUCACAGCCCUGGAUGCCCUGGCAGAUGGAGGGGUCAAGAUGGGCCUUCCUCGAAGGCUUGCAGUCCGGCUGGGAGCCCAGGCUUUGCUGGGAGCUGCUAAGAUGCUACUGGAUUCUGAGCAACAUCCUGGGCAACUGAAGGACAACGUUUGCUCACCAGGGGGUGCCACCAUCUAUGCCCUGCACUUUCUGGAGAGUGGGGGCUUCCGCUCCCUGCUCAUCAAUGCCGUGGAGGCAUCUUGCAUCAGGACAAGAGAAUUGCAGUCCUUGGCUGACCAGGAGAAAGUCUCCCCAGCGGCCAUCAAGAAGACUCUACUGGAUAAAGUGAAACUGGAGUCUUCCUCUGGCAGCAAGGUCAGCUUAUUCAACAACAAGAACCCGGGAAGCAAGAAGAACUAAGGAGGGAAGCCUUGGCCUUGUCUGGCCACUGCUUUUCUUCCUUUUGGAAGGAAAUCUGUAGUUCAAGCCAUUUGGGGGUGGGAGGGGGGGCUGUCCUGGACUCAAGACUACAAGAGCAAGGGACUGCUAGCUUCCAGAUCUGAUUAGUGGAGAGUAAUACUGUAGGAAGACCAGCAUUUCUGGGGGCCAGGAGGAUGAGCCGAGAGGUACCCAUUCUGCUGGCUAGGUGACUCCUCUAAACGGAACUGUUUAGGAGGUAUUCUGCCCUGUAUCCCUGCAAAAAACUUGCAAGGUUGAUUAACUUGGAAGGCUAUGACUGGUCCAGAAAGCUUCAGGAUUAAGCAAGGAUAUAGACCCAGGUAGUCCCAGGCAGUGUUGCUCUCUUAUGGCUCUUAGAUCAGUGGCCAAGCAGGUUCCUUGCAUCCUGGUAGUUAUCAUGUACAGUGGUGCCUCGCAUAAUGAGCGCACUGUACAAUGACGAAUUCGCAUAGCAACCCCUUUUUUGGGAUCG